UUUCCUAGGUAACACAAACACGCGGAAGAAGUAACGGCAGUGAUUUGAUCGGCCGCUCAGCUGACGAUUCUAAAUCACUUCCUGUUUCCAAUUGAGCAAGAUGCACUUCGACAAUCUUAAACGCGCUUCAUCUGCUGGCUACCGAUUACCGGAACGGCCGAACGCGAAGCAGCCGGCACCUGCGGCCAAAAGUCUGCAGAGGGGCAAAGACCCGAAGCCCACCGCGACGCGGGAUGCAGACAAGUUUGAUCCGGUCAAACGAGACCAAGCCUGGAAAGAAAUGCUGUGGAAUGAAAGGAGAGCGACGCUGGAAUGGGAGAAGAAUUGGAGUUUCCUGCGGAAUUACGACCACUUGGGAGAGUUGAGGAGAGACGAGCCUUUACCUGAUAAUGCGUCACUCUUUUCCGACUGGGCCCCCAACACCACUAACCAAAUAUUUGGAAGCCGACUAUCAACGCCACUGGGACGUGAACUGAUUAGAUUGGACAAUCUUCUAUCAUGGUCUGCAAGCCAUCACAAAUGCAAACAGGAUUCAGAGAUGAUGACAUGCUAGAUAAGUUACUCUUCUUGAUCCAUGAGUUUACCAAAUUGGGAUAUUCCUGUCCUUACAUGGUGCUCAGUUUUGUUUCAUUCGAUUUGCAGCUUGUCAUAGCAGCCCAAUAUUGAUUUGUAAUCAGAAUGUAAUCUAUAUGCACAGUGAUGAA